CUUUGCACGUGUUUUCCUUGCAGCGGCUCCAGUCAGACCAGCAGCCGCCCGAGCCCCGACAUGUCGCUGGACUGGGACGUGGGCCGCCGGCGGAGAUGCACCCAAGAGAGCCUGGAUUUCCCCCGGGAUUUGGAUCACAAGUCCGACUACUACCGGAGAGGAUCUCUCUGCGACCGGCACUACUCCAUUGGCAGUGCCCAGGGCGAUCUGAGAGACCUGCACUCCGGGUCACACCAGCACGGGAUCCUCACUCCCCGGAUCUUGCCAGUGAUUUCAAACUCUUCCUUCUGCCCGCUGCAUUCGGAGGAAGUGCAGACAUGCGAGACCUGUCUGGCCAAAACCACCAUCACGGCCGAGAACGAGGUGGAGGCGCACAAGCUUUCCAACAACUACAUGUUUGGUUUUAAGAAAUGGAAGAGCCACGUGACGGCCAGACCCUGGGCGACCCGUUCCCAGAUCGUGAAAGAGCUCUACUCAGACCUGACCGCCGUUAAGAGCUCCGCAGGUUAUAGCAUUUCAUGUGGCAACAUCUUCUACUUGCUCUUCUUUGGGUGGUGGCUCUCCAUGAUCUAUGUCCUGGUCGCUGUCCUGAUGUUCCUCACAGUGGUGGGCGCCCCAUAUGGGAAAUUAUGUUGGAAACUUGCAGGUUACGCCUUGUGGCCUUUUGGGACAGCGAUUCAGAAGAUCAAAGAAUACAACGAGAACUGCCACGUGAGGUUCAGCAAAUACGACACCAUCGCAGAAGUGAACGAGAGCAAGGAAGGGACCCCCCUUCUCAUCCGGCAGGAGCCGGCUUGCAAAUACCCCCCUGAGUCUCACUGGCGGCAGGUCAGCACCUACGUCUGGCUCUUCUUGGGUUACCCCUUCCUCUGCUUGGCCCACGGGCUGGUCUGUUGCGUCUCCUGGCUCUUGAUCUUUGCCAUCCCGGUGUCCAAGAUGAACGCUCGCAUGAUCACCAAGGUCUUGCUGCUGCCCCCGGAUUCUGUGCUCGUGCAGCGCCUGCGGAGGACAGAAGUGCCCCAAGAUGCGGAUGUGGUUCUCUGCAGCUACCACGCCUUCAACCCUUACUAUUACAAAUACGCCGUGGGAGGCAUCAAUGUCUUUGCUGUCAAUUUGUGUGGCCUUGUGAUUGUGACCUUGGUCCUGGGCUACGUCGACAAACACAACCAUUAUACCAGUUCGGUGACAAAGUUUACCUUGGCUCUGGUCUCCAUAAUGCCCCUGUCCUACUACAUAGGCAUGGCGAUCGCCAGCAUCUCUGCCCAGAGCAAUUUUGCAGUGGGGGCCGUGGUGAAUGCCACGUUCGGCUCCAUCACCGAAUUAACCUUCUACAUCACGGCGCUCAUCAAAGGUGUGCGGGAAAAGAACAGGUGCUAUGAAGAAAUCGUCAAGUCUGCUUUGACAGGAACCCUCCUGGGCUGUGUCCUCUUCAUCCCGGGCUUGUGCAUGGUGAUUGGAGGCAUCCGGCACCGAGAGCAGAGGUUCAACAGCCGCUCAGCCGGGGUCAGCUCUGCCCUCCUCUUCCUGUCUGUGGGAGGUGUGUUUGCUCCCACGCUCUUCUCCAAAGUCUACGGGCCGCUGGUCUGUGGGGAUUGCCAGAAUGUAACCCAGGAGCCCGAGGGUCACUACGUCUGCCAGGACUGCCACUACGACUCGAUGGAGAACAACGGCACUUUGUACAACAGUCACGUUCAGCCCCUGGUAUACACCGUGUCGAUCCUGCUCCCCGUGGCGUAUAUCAUUGGACUUCUCUUCACGCUGAAGACCCACUCCCACAUCUAUGACAUCCACAUCAGCGAUUGCCACAUGCCCAGCCGUGGCCACCAUCCGGUGGUCCACUGGUCCCGCUUCAGGGCCUUGGUGAUCCUCCUGGUGUCCACUAUUUGCAUGUCGGCCUGCGCUGACCUGGCCACGGAGCACAUCAGCCCGAUCCUAAGCAGCUCAACAAUAUCGCUGUAUUUCAUCGCAGCAACGGUGCUGGCUAUGGUGCCGGAGAUUCCUGAGAUCGUCAACGGGAUCCAGUUUGCCUUGCAGAACAAUCUCAGUUUGAGCAUUGAAAUCGGGAGCUGCAUCGCCGUCCAGGUGUGCAUGUUACAGAUUCCAAUCCUGAUACUUUUCACCGUCUUCUAUCAUACAGACUUCGUCCUGGUCUUCAGCGACCUCCACGUCUAUGCCAGCAUGUUCAGUGUGGUCCUGAUGAACUACAUCUUUAUGGAUGGCAAGUGCGACUACUUCCAAGGGACGGUGCUGGUGAUGGUCUACUUCAUCCUCCUGGCGGUGUACUUCUUCUCUCCCUCACCUGCGGGAUGCUGAACUGGAACUCAGGGGGGGCUUCGUGGUCCCCACCCUCUUUGGGAAGCCAACCCUUCCCAUUGUAAGCAGUUAUCCUUCCAAGGAUUUCUGUCACGGACUCGGCUCAGGCCUGGUUUUUAGAAGCAGCAGGAUGAAGGAACGCCCCCUGCAGCCGUCUUGCUCCCUCCAACUCUGUAUUUCUCUCUGUAUGUCAGUAUUUUAAAUGCAAAGGAGGGCUCGGGACCGAGAAACAGCCCUGGGACAUUUCUCCAGCCCCAAGAUGGAACCUGCAUAACGGAAAAGCAAAGCUCUUCUUCUGACCGCCGAAGGUUCCAGAGGCCCAUGAAAACUCCCUCUUGAUAUUUUUAGGACUGAUAUGUAGCACUAUGCUAACAAAAACUACCUCACGCUCUUGGGGGACUGACAGAGACUUCUAAGGGAAAGUCUUGAUAUUUUCUGCACUGUAAGGGAUGCUGUUCGAUGUGUCUUUUUGCAGUUUGCCAUUAAAAAACAUUUUGU